CUGAUUUUUUUCUUGUGUUUCUUUGCUCCAGGUGACCGAUGUGAGUUUGACCGGCGGCAGGGCAGGUGCAUGCCUGGCGUGUGCCGCAACGGAGGGACCUGCCGGGAACUGUCCGGCGGGGGGUUCCGGUGUGAGUGCCCCGCAGGAGGCUACGAGCAUCCAUACUGCACCGUCACCGCCCGCUCCUUCCAGCCCAAGUCCUUCGUCAUGUUCAGGGGCCUCAGGCAGAGAUUCCACCUCUCCCUCUCAUUAACUUUUGCCACACUGGAGAGCAGCGGUCUCCUCUUCUAUAAUGGACGCUUCAAUGAGAAACAUGAUUUCAUCGCCUUAGAGAUCCAAGAGGGACAAGUUGUGUUUAAAUAUUCAACAGGUGAAUCAUCGACCCAGGUGAGCCCCUUCCUGCCUGGUGGUGUGAGCGAUGGAAACUGGCACACGGUUCACAUUCAUUACUACAACAAGCCCAAGCGCAGUAUGAUAGGUGAAGCCCAGGGUCCGUCGGAUGAGAAGAUAGCGGUGGUGAGCGUUGAUGACUGUGACACGGCCUUGUCGCUUCGCUUUGGGACGCAGCUGGGGAACUAUAGCUGUGCCGCACAGGGCAAACAGACCAGCAGCAAAAAAUCUCUGGAUCUGACUGGUCCGUUAUUUCUGGGUGGCGUUCCAAAUGUGCCCGACAACUUUCCCUUUGGUGCCAGGGAGUUUAUCGGCUGUAUGAAGGAGCUGCACAUUGACAACAAGGCAUUGGAUCUUGCUGGAUUUAUUGCUAACAAUGGAACACUCCCUGGCUGCAGCGCCAAACUCCCCUUCUGUAAAUCCAACCCAUGUCAGAAUGGGGGCACCUGCAGGGUGAGCUGGGAGACUUUCUCCUGCGACUGUCCCAUCGGAUAUGGAGGGAAGGACUGCAGCCACGUGAUGCCACACCCACACCGCUUCCUGGGAAACGGUGCCCUCUGGUGGGACCUAAAGAACGACGUGACCAUCUCCACGCCAUGGUACCUUGGCCUUGUGUUCAGAACGAGAGCACGAGAGGGGACGCUGCUGCAGGCGCAGGCUGGACAGUACACCAGUCUGCUGUUCCAGGUGGUAAAUGGUCAGCUGGUGUUCUCGGUAACCCGUGGUUCGACCAGACACGUCCGUUUGCGGCUGGAUCAGGUUCAAGUGGCAGAUGGCCGAUGGCACGACCUCCAACUGGAGCUGCGAGACGUUCGCAGCGGUCGGGAGACGCGCUACGUCGCCACUCUGCGGCUUGACUUUGGGCUGUUUCAGGGAACUGUGAUAGUGGGGAAUGAGAUUCAUGGUCUGAAGGUGAAACAUCUGCAUGUAGGCGGAGUGCUGGGCUCUGGAGAGGUUCAGAACGGUAUUAAAGGAUGCAUACAGGGCGUUCGUCUGGGUGUACGUCCAGAUGCCCCCGCCCUGCCUCGCCCUUCUAGGGCGGUCAAAGUGGAGACUGGCUGUAAUGUUGCCAACCCCUGCCUCUCAUCCCCCUGUCCUCCUCACAGCCGCUGCAGUGACCUAUGGGAGCGGCACGCCUGCAUAUGUGAACCUGGUUAUUAUGGGAAAAGCUGCGCUAACGCAUGCCAUCUGAACCCGUGUGAAAACGAGGCUCAGUGUCACAGGAAGCCCAGCUCCUCUCACGGCUACAGCUGCGACUGCGGAGACAACCACUACGGCCAGUACUGCCAGCACAGGAUUGAUCACCAGUGUCCCAGGGGUUGGUGGGGCUCUCCAACCUGUGGGCCGUGUAACUGUGACACCAAUAAAGGCUUUGACCCCGACUGCAACAAGACCAUUGGACAUUGUCAUUGCAAGGAGUUUCACUACCGUCCUCGAAGCUCUGAUACCUGUCUGCCAUGCGACUGCUACCCAGUGGGCUCGUUCUCGCGGUCAUGUGACCCCGAGACGGGCCAGUGUCAAUGCAGGCCCGGUGUGAUUGGUCGACAGUGCAACGCAUGUGACAACCCCUUUGCUGAGGUCACAAAUUCAGGAUGUGAAGUCAUUUAUGAUGGCUGUCCAAAGACCAUCACUCAGGGGAUAUGGUGGCCUCGGACCAAGUUUAACCUGCCUGUUGCAGUACCCUGCCCCAAAGGAUCCGUCGGAGCAGCCAUCAGACACUGUGAUGUGGAGAGAGGGUGGCUGGAACCAGACCUUUACAACUGCACCUCCCCCCCAUUUGUGGAGCUCAGCAUUGCUCUUGAUUCCCUGGAGCGUAAUGAGACAGAGCUGAACACCAUCAUGGAGAAGAAGCUUGCUCACCAGCUCCGUGAUGUUACCGAGGCGACCACCCGCCUCUACGGCAACGACUUGCAGAUAGCUGAGCGACUGCUUUCUCGCCUCCUGGCAUUUGAGACCCAGCAGAGUGGGUUUGGACUCACUGCAACCCAGGACGCACACUUCAAUGAGAACAUCCUGCGUGGCUGCAGCGUGCUGUUGGGUCCCAGUACCUCUGGGCUGUGGCGGGCUCUCGCUCAGAGUCAGAGCCACAACUUGGGCGGCGGUCCGGGCGAGCUGACGGAGCUGCUGGAACAGUACGCCCAGAAUCUGGCCCAGAACAUGAAGCUCACCUACCUCAACCCCGUGGCCUUGGUCUCCCCCAACAUCGUCAUGAACCUGGACCGUGUGGAGAACCACACCCACGUGCGGCGCCGUUUCCCGCGCUACCACACCACCCUGUUCCGUGGACAGGCUCUGUGGGAUCCCUACACCCAUGUGAUAGUGCCUCCUGCUGCCCUGGUGCCACAACGACAGCAGCAGAACUACUGGAAGGAGAAAGAGCGCACAGAAAAAGAACCUUCAGCCCCUCAGAGCGCCGGCUCCGCCCCCGUCAGUAUCUUUGCCAAUCAGACCGGAGAAUACACGGCAGCCAAACGCAGCGUUUCCCUGCCCGAGCCACCCAUCACCAUCGUCAUCAUGUUGAUCUAUCGAAGCCUGGGCGCUGCCCUUCCUCCCAAGUACCACGCAGACCGGAGAGGAGUGAGGCUUCCCAGACAUCCAGUAAUGAACUCUCCAGUGGUCACUAUCUCUGUUUACAACAACCAGACAUUUGUGGGUGGUCAUUUGGACCAACCCAUCCUUCUGGAGUUCAAGCUGCUGGAGACAGCCAAUCGCAGCAAGCCUCUGUGUGUGCAGUGGAAUCACAGCAGCCCGCAUGAGAUAGGGGGCUGCUGGACGGUGAAAGACUGCAUCGUGGUCUACAGGAACACCUCUCAUGUCCGCUGCCAGUGCCAGAGACUGGGAACCUUUGGUGUGCUGAUGGACAGCUCACAGCGAGAGCAGCUGGAAGGGGAUCUGGAGACGCUGGCCCUGGUCACCUACUCCUCCCUGUGCUUGUCCAUGCUGGCCCUGCUGCUGACCGUGCUGGUGCUGUCCUGCCUCCGGGGCCUGAAGUCCAACACCAGGAGCAUCCACUCCAACACGGCAGCGGCCAUGUUUUUGUCGGAGCUGGUGUUCUUGCUUGGCGUCAAUCAGACCGAACAACAGUUCCUUUGCACGGUUGUUGCCAUCCUGCUGCAUUACUUUUUCAUGUCCACUUUUGCCUGGAUGUUUGUGGAGGGUCUUCAUAUCUAUCGGAUGCAGACGGAGCAGCGCAACAUCAACUAUGGAGCCAUGAGGUUCUACUAUGCCAUCGGCUGGGGCGUGCCUGCUAUUAUCACAGGCCUGGCAGUUGGUUUGGACCCAGAGGGUUAUGGGAACCCGGAUUUCUGUUGGAUCUCGAUCUAUGAUAAGCUCAUCUGGAGCUUUGCCGGUCCUAUCGCCAUCGUCAUUCUGAUGAAUGGAGGGAUUUUCAUGAUUGUGGCCAAGAUGUCCUGUAACCCGUCUCAGAAGGAGACCAAGAAACUUCCUGUCAUUGCUACUAUCCGGAACGCCUUCUUGCUGUUGCUGGUGGCCACCUCUACCUGGCUCUGUGGCUUGAUGGCUGUAAACAACAGUAUCCUGGCUUUCUACUACAUAUUCAAUGUCCUCUGCCUUGUGCAGGGUCUGUCGGUGAUGCUGGUCUUCACUGUGUUCAACUCAGAGGUUCAGGAGGCCUGGAGAGUCGCUUGUUUGGGGAAGAAGAGCCCCGGAGAAGACCCCCCACGGCCCCCGCAGAACACAGCUCAGAACCCCUAUCACAACCCAUCUCUGCUGGAGCAGAGCGGGCUGCACCGCAUCACCCUGGGAACCUCCACCAUCUCCUCUGUCAGCUCAGCCAGGGAAAAUCUUUUGGCUCGUCAGACCCUGGAACAAAACAUUGUCCAUACAGGGGCAACAGACCUGGAUGUCGCCAUGUUUCAUAGAGAUGGAGGCGAGGAUUCGGACUCAGACUCGGACCUCUCCAUGGAGGAAGAGCGGAGUCUUUCCAUCCCCUCGUCUGAGAGCGAGGAUAACGUGCGUCUCCGUGGACGCAUCCAGCGUAGAUUCAAACGCUCCAAUCACAGCGAGCGUCUGCUCACAGAACCGACUAACAACGGCACCAAAGCAGACCUGGAUGGCAAUGAUCUUUUGUCCUACUGGCCCGCUUUAGAGGAGUGUGACACACACACCUUGCAGAAGUGGGGCUCGGAGCGCCCCCUGGGGUCAGAUUACAGCAAGGAUGCUGCCAAUAACAACCAGCUAGAUGCAGCGCUAACCAGCGGGGAUGAGAAUGGCCUCACUCAGCCACACAGACAUCGCAAGGGUAUCCUGAAGAAUCGACUUGGCUGUCCUCCAACGCUCCAGGGAAUUUCCACCAUGGGACGAGUCCCCAGUGAGCUCAACUGGUACCGAACCUCCACUCUUGGCCACAGAGGCGUUCCAGCAGCCUCUUAUGGCCGGAUGUACUCUGCCACAGCCGCCGCCAGUGGUGGCUCCGGCUCUCUUUCCCAGCCGGCAUCGCGCUACUCCUCCAGGGAGCACCUGGACUCACUGGCCAGGAGGCAGUUUUCCAGGGAUCCACUGGGAAGGCAGACUGUUGGGGGUUCGAGGGACCGGCUAGACUCUCGGGGUUCCAGGGACAACCUGGAUCUCUUACCCAGGAGGAGAGAGCUGGGACUGGGGCAAGGGGUGGGGCUCGGGGGCCUCGAUCACCAGCGGAUCUCCUCAUCCAGGGAGAACUUGUCGGGAUCCAGGGACAGAUUGGACAACCACCAUGUCAGCAGUUUUCACGCCUCAAGGGAGGAUUUAAGUGGAAAUGGGGGCGCUAUCGGAAUGGAGGGCUACCUCAGCGGGUCGAGGUCGCAGCUGAACACGCUGACCCGGCGACAGGCCUCGUCCCGUGAGCACCUCGGGGGGGCGCUGAUGAGCAGUCGGUCCCGGGAGCAUUUGGAGCCCAACGGUUUGGGAGCUGGGGCUCAGCCGUGCCGGGAGUGGCUCCGCACCCUGCCGCCUCGGCAGCCCUCCCACCCGGACCAGCCUCCGUCCGCCUCCCCCCCUCCCCCGAUCUCCGAGGAGCCCCAGCAGGAGCAGCUACCUCCUCCGUCUCACAUCAGGGGUCGCCUGGACUCCGCACCUUCGUGUAGGUAUCCCGGUCAGACUGUCCCUCAGGUGGCGGGCUCGAGUCCGAACCCCCUGGGUCGACAGCCCUCCAGUGAACACCUGGACAUUCUGUCCUCCAUCCUGGCGUCCUUCAACCCCUCAGUCCUUACUCCUCCCCCCGCCGCCUCCAACCCCGGUCCCAACGGCUCCAUCCACGGACCCUCCCCCUCCCCGCCUCAGUCCGCUACGUCCUACAGCAUAUCUGAAGUCUCCCCUGACUCAGAAGCCAACAGAAGCGAGGGACAGUCUUGA